UUUUUUUUAACAGGAUGUCACAAGGGCCACAGUAGUAUGCUGAUUGGGCUGUGUGUGGCCCGCGGGCCUCAGGUUGAGAACCGCUGCUCUUGUGAACCACCCCUACAUGUAAUUCACAAGACAAAUCCAGGGAUUUCAGGAACUGCAAGAUCUUCUUGUAGCUAAGAUGAAAGCACUGAAUGCUGUUCAGGAGAAAAAUCUUUCCUUGCAAAGUGAGAUCACUUUGCUCAAAAGCAUGACUGAAGGAGAAGAAGGACCCCCAGAUGUCCGUGGACCACAGGUUGAAAAUCAGUGUCUUAGAAGAAGGAAAGGAUACCAGAAAGACUGCAUUUAUACACAGCUUGCACAUCCACAGCAUUAUCAGCCAUUUUAUCCCUGAUCAUUUAAAAGUCUACGUAACUAUUUAAAUCAAUCUGGGUCUGUCCCUCCUCUUUGGACUGGAAAACUAAGAGUUUCCAAGGAAACAUGAAUUCACGUAGGGUGAGAAUGGAGGCAAUACAUUUCCACUCACCCUUCAAUUCACCAGACUUGGGCCGGUUCUGUGGUUCCCUAGAUUUCAUGACAAAGAUCAACUGGGCCCUCAGAGGAUGCACUCUUCUUUGAGUUAGCAGCUGCAGAAGAAGUUGGAACUAUGAUCAAUGGGACCACAACAGCAACCAGAUUAUCCAAAUCUCCUGCAGCAGUUUAUACAAUUCAAGAGAGAGACUCAGCUACUUCUAUCACUAGUACCAGCUCAGCAGAGUGGUCAUGUCCUAAUUGUAUAUGCCCCAGCCCUGCUACAAGUAUAUCAGACCAAUGUCAAGAGGAUAUCAGUUCUUCCUGUACUGACUUGGAGAAGAAUACCCAACUCCUAAGACAUUUGGAGAGGACACCUUCAGCAGCUGAGGACUACAACAUUUCUACAUCCAGCGCUCUUGGAAACUUAAGAAUUGGUGAUGUUCAUCCUGGUGGUCAUUUUGUGAAGAUCCUUAACUCUUCCCCUGUUAUAGAAGAGAGUAUUGGGGAUUAUAUCCUCCAGAAGAAUGCCAAUGGCCAAGCAGUAGCAGUGUUCAGAUUCCCACCAAACAUCAGAAUGAGUGCCAACUCUACAGUAACAGUAUGGGCAGUAGAUGCCAAUGUGCUUCAUAAGCCUCCAUCAGAUUUUUUCUGGAAGGAGCAAAAUCGAUUAAGGACGGACUUAGAUUGUACCACCAUCCUUUGUGAACCAAGUGGCCAAGCUGUUGCCUGGUGCACUCCUAUGUACUGGAACAGAAAGCUGAGAUGGAAGGGGCAAGAAGACAGUGAACACCUGAAGAAUAACACAAAACCAACCAAACUAAUAAAACAACAAAGAAAAUCAGAAUUGAGACUAUCUGAUAUAGAACAGGAAGAAGCUGUCCAAGGCCAACCAAAAGAAAAAGGACCAAUUUUCAUUAAAAGAGAAAAAAAGGCCCCAGCAACCCUUGUCCCAACACAGAAUUCUUGGUGCCAAAGUCCAAACUCUUCUACCCACCCUCACUUCUCCCUGGUUAGACCAUUAACCAUGGGCAAUGAUGGCAGCAGUCUGUGCAGACAGUCCAGGUGUCAGUCAGCAAAACCUGACCCAGCACCAGGUACUCUGUAUGCAGGAAGCAGCCAUGGAAGAAGCACAACCAUUGCAUGUUCUCAUGAAAAAAGCAGUAGAAGGUCCACUAGAUCAGCAGGGCCUAAUUUAGGUGGAGUGAUGUAUGUAGGCUCUGCACCCACCAGCUCUGCUCUGCAGAAGUACUUUGUCCCUUUGGCUUACAACUUCAGGCUACCAACCCAGGCUUCAUUUACUCCUUCCACUUUCACAUAACACCUGAUCCAGGAUCUAAGAACAGGAGGGAGGAGAAUUAAUGCUCAGGAGCCAGUAACGUUAACCAUUGCUUCAAGGAAUGAGGAGGUUUGGCUGUUAAGUGACACUACAAAUUGUAAGUCACAUUUCUGUGUAGCCUGGUCCCCACAAUAAAGUUUGUUUUGCUGAUUCUG